UAAAGCACAGCUAGUCAAACAAAGAAUGGGAUUUAAAAGUGUUGUAACGGCUAGUAAACCAAGUUCCUGAGAAUGGAAGCAGGGCAACAGCAACAGCAAUACCAUUCAUGGAAACUGAAUGUCCAGGCCAAGGCCAAGAACUUGAAUUUCAAAUUGGUAGCCUCCAACUUCUUACCCAAUUCCAUGUAUUUCCCAUUCUCUCUCAAAUUCAAGUACUGUAGAUUCUUCAUCCAUCUUAAAUCUCAAACACUCACCUCUCCGAAUCCCAAAAAACCUAAAUCUCUCAAAUCAAAACUCCAUCGAUUCCUAGAGAGACUCCGACUCCGACGUUCCAAGAACAACAGAGUCACCAGUUCCAAAUUACCAAAGAACAAGGCAAACAUUUCUCAGAGUACAGUGGUGUUAGGAAACCUUGCCCAUUUCAUUCAAUCAAUCUAUCAAGGGGACAAAGAUGGAAUCUUUAUACUUGGUUCUAUUGUUAUUAUUUGCUUUGUUUCCUUAUUUAAAAAAAUCAUGGCAAGGAAAGCUUGGACAUUGUUGAUUAUUGUAAUUGGCACCCUAGUUUUAUUCUCGAAUGCGAUGCAUCUCAGAUUCAGAAGCCAGUUUGAUCAUCAGCACUAUCUGUCCGGAUUCUUUUGGAGGGCUUUCAAAAAUGCUGCCUCCUCUGCCUGUUUAUAUAUACUCUCUCAGCUUCUUACUGCUAUAUCUAGACUCAUAUGAAUUCUGUGUUGGACUUUUCCUAGGGUCAAAGUCUAUUUUGAAUGUGCUCCAUCGGAUUCUUCUGGUGGAAUUUCAAAGCCAAUUUGUCCUCUUUAUUAGUUACUAGCAUGCCUUUGUUGGAAAUUUCAAACUCAAAUUGUUUUGUUGCUUC